CUGCCUGGAAGCUAACGAAUAGCUUUCUCAGCCAGAGCGAAAGUGAGUGUGAAACCUCUUUUAAAAACUCUAUUUUCGGCAUAGUUUUGCCAUUCUGGAAGGCAGGACCGGGCUGCUAGGAUCUUGGGUAUACAUACAUGAAGCUCCUGUGAACCAAAUUUUCAGGAAAGAGCAAUGGAGAUUGGAUGGAUGCGCAAUCGGAGACAAAGGCAAGUCCUUAUUUUCUUUGUUUUGCUGAGCAUGUCUGGGGUGGGCGCCGAUUUAGGGCCCUAUUCAGUGGUGGAAGAAACAGAGAGAGGAUUCUUUGUGGCAAAUCUAGGAAAAGACCUGGGAUUGGGGUUGGCGGAGAUGUCCAGCCGCGGGGCCCGUAUCAUUUCUCAGGGGCGCAAAGAGCAUUUGCAGCUCAAGGUUCAGACUGGAGAUUUGCUCAUAAAUGAGAAACUAGACCGAGAGGAGCUAUGCGGCUCCACUGAGACUUGCGUGCUACAUUUCCAAGUGCUGAUGGAAAAUCCCUUGGAGAUAUUUCAGGCUGAGCUAAGGGUGAAAGACAUAAAUGACCAUUCUCCCGUGUUCACUGAAAGAGAAAUGAUUCUAAAAAUACCAGAAAACAGCCCCCUAGGAAUGGCGUUCCCUCUGAAUAAUGCUGUGGACUUGGAUGUAGGAAGCAACAAUGUCCAAAACUAUGAAAUCAGCCCUAACCCCCAUUUUCAAGUUCUAACCCACAAUCUCAGCGAUGGCAGAAAAUACCCGGAGCUGGUGCUGGACAAAGAGCUGGAUAGGGAGGCGGAGCCUGAAAUCUCAUUAACGCUUACAGCGCUGGACGGCGGCUCUCCGCCUCGGUAUGGGACUGCCCGGGUGCGCAUUGAAGUGGUGGACAUCAACGAUAACGCCCCUGAGUUUGAGCAGCCGCUCUACAAGGUGCAGAUUCCUGAGAACAGCAACGUGGGCUCCCUGGUUGUCACCGUCUCUGCCAGCGAUUUAGAUAGCGGAGUCAAUGGAAAAAUAGUAUACUCACUCUUUCGGCCUUCAGAAGAUACUAGCAAAACUCUGGCAGUAAAUCCUACGACAGGAGAAAUUCGACUGAGAAGACAAGUAGAUUUUGAGACAGUUCAGUCUUACGAAGUGGACAUCAAGGCCACUGAUGGGGGAGGUCUUUCAGGAAAAUGCACUCUUUUCCUGCAGGUGGUGGAUGUGAACGACAAUGCCCCAGAAGUGACCAUCUCUGCACUGACCAGCCCCAUCCCAGAGAACUCGCUUGAGACUGUAGUCGCUGUUUUCAGUGUUUCAGAUCCUGACUCCGGGGACAAUGGGAAGACUAUUUCUUCCAUCCAGGAUAACCUUCCCUUUCUUCUAAAACCUUCAGUCAAGAACUUUUACACCUUGGUAACGAAGAGAGCACUAGACAGAGAAGAAAGAGCCCAGUACAAUAUCACCAUCACCGUCAGUGACAUGGGAACCCCCAGGCUGAAAACCCAGCACAACAUCACCGUGCAGGUGUCCGACGUCAACGACAACGCCCCCGCCUUCACCCAGACCGCCUACACCCUCUUCGUCCGCGAGAACAACAGCCCCGCCCUGCACAUAGGCAGCGUCAGCGCCUCGGACAGAGACGCGGGCGCCAACGCCCAGGUCGCCUACUCGCUGCUGCCGCCCCGCGACCCCAGCCUGCCCCUGGCCUCGCUCGUGUCCAUCAACGCGGACAACGGGCAGCUGUUCGCCCUGAGGGCGCUGGACUACGAGGCCCUGCAGGCGUUCGAGUUCGGCGUGGGCGCCACGGACCGCGGGUCGCCGGCGCUGAGCAGCCAGGCGCUGGUGCGCGUGCAGGUGCUGGACGCCAACGACAACGCGCCCUUCGUGCUGUACCCGCUGCAGAACGGCUCCGCGCCCUGCACCGAGCUGGUGCCCCGCGCGGCCGAGCCGGGCUACGUGGUGAGCAAGGUGGUGGCGGUGGACGGCGACUCGGGCCAGAACGCCUGGCUGUCGUACCAGCUGCUCAAGGCCACGGAGCCCGGGCUGUUCGGCGUGUGGGCGCACAACGGCGAGGUGCGCACGGCGCGGCCGCUGGGCGAGCGCGACGCGGCCCGGCACCGGCUGCUCGUGCUGGUCAAGGACAACGGCGAGCCGCCGCUGUCGGCCAGCGUCACGCUGCACGUGCUGCUGGUGGACGGCUUCUCGCAGCCCUUCCUGCCGCUGCCCGAGGCGGCGGCCGACGCGGCGCGGGCCGACCCGCUCACCGUCUACCUGGUCGUGGCGCUGGCGUCGGUGUCGUCGCUCUUCCUGUUCUCGGUGCUGGCGUUCGUGGCGGUGCGGCUGUGCAGGAGGCGCAGGGCCGGCUUGGCGGGUGGCUGCUCGGUUCCUGAGGCCCGCUUCCCGGGCCACCUGGUGGACGUCAGCGGCACGGGGACCCUGUCCCAGAGCUACCAGUAUGAGGUGUGUCUGAUGGGAGGUACUGGGACAGAUGAAUUUAAAUUUCUGAAGCCGAUUAUUCCCAACCUUCCAGCUCCUGACACUGGUAGGAAUGUAAAGGAAAGUGAGAACUUUAGGAAUAGCUUUGGAUUCAACAUCCAAUAAAAAAUUAUUUUAAGCAUUUAUUUAAUCUUUUUUUAUUCUUGGC